UAGCGGAAUUUCCGUCACCGUGAGGCACAGCAUGCGCUCCAAGCCGCUGGGACCCGCCGCGAGACGGCAAGGCGAGGCAAGCCGGAGACAAUUCCCGCUUCUAAGACGCCCGAUUCGCACGCAAACCCCCGAAUUCCACCACCCCGUAGUCGCCCCCUUCUUUUAAUCUUCCACUUCCUCUUGUUCUUUGAUUUUAGUAUGUCUACGCCGGAAGGAGCCCAUCGGCGCCGCCGCGCUCCGGCAACCGGCGGCGGCGGCGGGCGGAGGGGCAGGCCGCCGUUCGCAAGCCCCAACCCCACCGCGCACCGCCGGACCCCGACGCCCCUCCGCCGGGUGAAGCCCCGGAAGCCCGUCAAGGUCCUCACCCGCUCCGCCUCGGAGCCGAUUUUAUGGACCGCUCGACUGCAUCCCGAAACCACCGAUGGUGACGCGAGCAGCAGAGGAAUGGGAGAUCGCUCGCAUAGCGAAAUCGGACAGCCGGUUUGCCUUCCCCGGCCAUACACCUGUUCCGAUGUCUUCUCGUCAUCGCCGUUUCUCCAAUCUCCUUCGCCUUCUUCUCAACAUCCAUCGGAGGAGAUGAAGGUGGUCGUGAGCGUGACGGUGGAGGGGAGCCCGGGGCCGGUGAGGGCGAUGGUGAGGCUGGGAGCCAGCGUCGAGGAGGCGAUUUCCGUUGUCGUCGAUAAGUACGGCCGGGAGGGGCGGAGUCCGAAGCUGGAUCUGGAGGCUGCCGCCUGCUUCCAGCUCCACCACUCCCAUUUCAGCCUCCAAAGUUUGAACAAAAGUGACAAAAUUGGAGAAGUAGGCAGCAGAAGCUUCUAUCUUCGGAAGAGCUCUAGCAACAACAGUUUCAGCUUUGGAAGGGAAGGAAGUGAUAUGACAACAGGAGGCAGCGAAACCGGGUUACUAAAUGGCAGUUCUGCUGCUGUUCCACCUGAUCACUUCUUCCUCUCCUUUAUUGUUAAAUGGUUAAACAAGAUCGGGAGACGAACUAGAAAGCUUUGGAGGAUGGUGGCUUGUGUAGCCUGUGGUUGACAUGAUUCAGCUUCCGCUAAAUCCCAAUAAAUUGGCUUAGAAAUUUGUACUUACCACUGCUGCAGAAUGUAUUGUAGGUGACUUUACCAUUCAAUUGUAUUAUAUGGUUGUUUGACAGAUAGCUGGUGAAAUCCCAGAUAAAUAGAGAUCAUUGCAGAGAUUUAGGAUCCUGUACAGCAAAUUCGGCAAAUUGUCAAAGGUUAAAAUGGUGAUAAAAAAACAGGAGAGAGGAGCAUGAGCCUUGGACUGGCUGAUCAUAAACCUGAUGUUCUGAUGAGGUUUCACUGUAUUUCACUCAUGCUAUUCAUUAAAUUCUCCAUUUCAUGGUUGUAUGUAUACAGUUAUAAAGCAUAUGGCAGAGGGGAACAUGGUGUUCUGUAUUGGUUGGCUUAAUGAACCACCUUUUGUCUGCCACCACGCAUAUUGUAUCACAACAUGUUCAUAAAUAUGGGCAACUAUUUGUUUUAUAUAUAAUUUUACCAUAAAAUGUUUCUUU